UGGUUCCAACAUUACGAUACUGGAAGUAACGAAUUUAUUGGUUUAACUAAUGUGUGGCUUUUUGGCGACUUGUUUUGGCAAAUGCUUUACUCACACUGUGAAAGAGUCAGUGUGGCCCCAAAAAGGGGGGCAGAGUGCUGGGAAUUUGUCCCAGCUUUCUGGAGCAAAGAAAAUCUUCACAAUGGCUGUGAGUCCUUGUGCACCGCCUUGGGCAGAAAACACCCUGCAGGUUAGGAUAAAAUUUGGGAGGCUUAACAAUUUUUCCUUCAAAGACACGAGGUUCACAUAAACAAAAUGAGGAUACUGAAGAGAGCCUCUGCCCUUAUUCUGAGAAGAGAAAUAACAACCUACCAGAGGAUAAUGUGCAAAAUGGAUAGCCUUUUCAGAGUUCAUCCAUCUGUGUCGCAGGCAAUGGCAGAAAACAAACCAGUGGUUGCACUUGAGAGCACAAUUAUCACGCAUGGCAUGCCCUACCCAUAUAACCUGAGCACAGCAAAGGAGGUGGAGGCCAUUGUGCGAGCUGAAGGAGCCACUCCAGCCACGGUUGGUGUCAUCGGAGGGGAGGUCCAUGUUGGACUGUCAUCAGAGGAGCUUGACCACCUCGCCCAGUCCAAGAGCCCUCUGAAGGUGUCCCGACGUGAUCUGCCCUAUGUCAUUAGUAAAGGACUCUCUGGAGGAACGACAGUGUCGGCCACUAUGAUAGCAGCACACAGAGCUGGGAUCCCGGUUUUUGUCACUGGGGGUAUUGGAGGAGUUCACAGAGAUGGAGAGAACAGUCUGGACAUCAGUGCAGAUCUCACAGAGCUUGGUAGGACUCCCAUUGCUGUCAUCUCUGCUGGGGUCAAGUCCAUUCUGGACAUCGGUCGCACCCUCGAGUUCCUUGAGACACAGGGUGUCUGUGUAGCCACUUAUGGAGCGUCAAAGAACUUUCCAGCCUUCUUCUCUCCUCAAAGUGGAUUCACGUCUGCAUACCAUGUCUGCAACCCUGAGGAGGCUGCAAAGCUUAUUGCAAGCUCUUUGUCCCUGGGUCUUCAAAGUGGUGUCCUGUUAGCAGUGCCCAUCCCCGAGGAGCACGCAGCAUCAGGCCAGCAGAUUGAAGAUGCCAUACAAGUUGCAGUGGCAGAGGCAAGUGCUAAAGGUGUUACAGGAAGAGAUGUGACCCCAUUCGUUCUUCAGAAAGUCAGUUUCCUGACUGAAGGAAAGUCCCUUCAGGCCAACAUUGCUCUCAUUCACAAUAAUGCUAAAGUUGGCAGUCAAAUAGCCUGUGCUCUGACAAAACAGAUGAAAGACAGAGCAUUGAAAACCCAAACUCUUGCAAAACCUGCAAAUUUCCCACUGAACUCAGAAUCCAAUAUUGUCAUCAUAGGAGGAAUAAAUGUUGAUUUUAUUGCCAAGGGAAAAACAAAAACACUUAAGUUUGGACAGACGAACCUGGGAAGUGUUUCUCAAUCAUUUGGUGGUGUAGGACGAAACAUCGCUGACUCCCUAAGUAGAUUAGGCCAUAGACCCCUCUUCAUUUCAGCUACUGGAGCUGAUUCAAACAGUGAUGCAGUGUUCAAGUACUGUAAACAUAUGAACACAAGUGGUGUGGCCAGACUAGAAGAGCACAGCACUGCAACCUACUGCGCUGUUAUCACUGAGAGUGGAGAGCUGAGUCUUGGUUUGGGAGAUAUGGAUAUUCAUCAGCAAAUCACAGAGCGCUAUGUGUCACAGUUUGAGAAGCAGCUUUCGCUGGCCACACUCGUGUGUCUUGAUGGAAACAUUCCCACCUCCACCAUCAAUUAUGUUUGUUCUUUUGCUAAAAAGCACGACAUAAAUGUUUGGUAUGAACCAACUGACUCAGAAAAGGCUUGUAAGCCUUUUCUUUCAGACGCCUGGAAGUCUCUGUCCUAUUCAUCACCAAACCUGGCCGAGCUGUGCACCAUGAAUAAAACACUGGGUGUCAAAACACCUGAAGUGCUGCCAUGCACACUCGAUGAGACACUCAGCGUUGCUGUGGCUCUCUCACGCCCCCUUCUGGAGCAUCUUCACUGUCUGGUGGUGACUCUAGGGGCUAAUGGUGUGUUGCUGUGUGGAGAGCAUGAUGCAGGCACAGUCAACCUGCAGCCAAGAAAACAGAAGAGGAAGAGGCAGCUGUGUGCUCUGCACUACCCAGCACUUGCUGUGACCUCAGAGGGGAUAAUGAAUGUGUCGGGAGCAGGAGAUAGUCUUGCAGGUGCCUUAAUGGCAGGGAUUCUACAGGGGGAAGACACAGAUAGCUGUGUUCGGAUGGGGCUCCUGGCUGCAAGGACAUCUCUGGCAUCACCGCACCCCAUCUCUCCAUUGCUCACUUUAGAUACUGUAGAUCCCAACAAUGUCUACACUGAGACUUGGCCCAAACCAUCCCUUGUGUGGACUGAUUAAAACACAUAAAUACUAGGAUGUUUUCAGUAUUCUUAGGGAAACUAUGUGUGUUGUGAUUGAGUAAAUUAUUAAGAAGAUGACAUGUUUCAAAAAACACUGAAUCCUGAUUUUCCUUGAUUUUUAAUCCUCUGUAAUAAUGGUAUCUUGCCAAAUUAUGUCAAAUAACAUUGUUAAACUUUAUAGACCACAUUGUACCAAAUCUCAA